GCUCCGUGUCUGGAUGCUGCUGCAGAGAUGGAGUUAAACCACAAAAACAACAAAGUGUCCGGUGGAGUUUGAGACAAAGAAAGGAAGAAGAACGCUUCUUUUGCACCCGAACUGACCUCCUGAUGGGUUUUAGGUGAACAUUAGAUAGAACAGAUUAAAAAUGAAGCUGCUGAAGCCGAGCUGGGUGAGCCAUAACGGCAAACCCAUAUUUUCAGUGGACAUCCACCCUGAUGGGACAAAAUUUGCAACAGGAGGGCAAGGAGAAGAUUCUGGAAAGGUGAUGAUCUGGAACAUGGCGCCGGUCCUCAGAGAGGAAGAUGAGAAGAACGAGAAUAUUCCCAAAAUGCUUUGCCAGAUGGACAAUCAUUUAGCGUGUGUGAACUGCGUGCGCUGGUCCAACAAUGGGCUGUACCUGGCGUCAGGAGGAGAUGACAAGCUGGUCAUGGUGUGGAAGAGAGCCGCAUUCAUCGGCCCAAGCACCGUGUUUGGGUCCAGCAGCAAGCUGGCUAAUGUUGAACAGUGGCGGUGUGUAACCAUCCUAAGGAACCACACUGGAGAUGUGAUGGACGUGGCAUGGUCGCCUCAUGACGUGUGGCUCGCCUCCUGCAGCGUGGACAACACCAUUGUCAUCUGGAACGCUCGAAAGUUUCCAGAGAUGGUGACGUGUCUGCGAGGACACACCGGGCUGGUUAAAGGUCUGACGUGGGACCCGGUGGGGAAAUACAUCGCCUCUCAGGCUGACGACCACAGCCUGAAAGUAUGGAGGACAGUGGACUGGCAGAUGGAUGCCAACAUCACCAAACCCUUCAGCGAGUGCGGCGGGACGACACACGUCCUGCGUCUGUCCUGGUCUCCUGACGGUCAGUAUCUGGUGUCGGCCCACGCCAUGAAUAACUCGGGCCCCACCGCCCAGAUCGUGGAGAGAGACGGCUGGAAGACUAACAUGGACUUCGUUGGCCACCGUAAAGCUGUUACUGUGGUGAAAUUUAACCCAAAGAUUUUCAAGAAGAAGCAGAAGAACGGCAGCGCUCCUAAACCCGGCUGUCCAUACUGCUGCUGCGCUGUGGGCAGCAAAGACCGAUCGCUCUCCGUCUGGCUCACCUCUCUGAAGCGCCCCCUUGUGGUCAUUCACGAUCUGUUUGAUAAAUCCAUCAUGGACAUUUCCUGGACUCUGACAGGUCUUGGGAUGUUGGUGUGCUCGAUGGACGGCACCGUGGCGUACCUGGACUUCUCUCUGGAUGAGCUGGGAGACCCUCUGAGCGAGGAGGAGAAGAACAGCAUCCAUCAGAACAUCUACGGUAAGAGUCUGGCCAUCACCAACACUGAGCCUCAGCUCUCCACCACCAUCAUCGAGAACCCAGAGAUGCUCAAAUACCAGCAGGAGCGCCAGAUCUCAGCUCAGGCCACCUCAGGACCAGGCAGCACCGGGACGGAGUCCUCAGCGCCGAAACUCAACAGCGUGAUGAACGGAGAGUCUCUGGAGGACAUCAGGAAGAAUCUUCUGAAGAAGCAGGUGGAAACAAGAACACCAGACGGCAGGAGGCGGAUCACACCGCUCUGUAUCGCUCAGCUGGACACAGGGGAUUUCUCUCCGGCUCUCUUCAACAGCGCUCCCAUCCUGCCCUCGGGCUCAUCCAUGUCCAACCAGCUCACCUCCACGCUCAGCUCUGACUCCAGCCCGGGACAGGCCUCCUCUCUGGGGCUGCGGCCCAGCCACGACGCCAUGCUCACCUCGCCUCCCCCCGGCAGCGCCGCCAAGGGCCUGGAAGACAACAAGGACGGGGUGAAAUCGUGUCUGCUCCUCACGUCUGCCUCAAAGAUUGAGCCCAUGAAGGCUUUGGACUCCAGGUUCACAGAGAGAUCAAAGACCACACCCGGGGUCACAGCCGCCAUCACCUCCACUGCUGGACUCACACCUUUAGACAGCCGACCCAAAGACAGUCUCUCCACCCUGAAAGACAUCAAGUCCAAAGAGGACACCAGCAGUGACAGCGAGGACAAGAUGGCUGUCAUCAACAAAAACCUGUCGUUCAGCAAGAGGAAACCAGAGCUGCUGAUGGACGGAGGAGAAGUGGUGGAGAAGAGGAAGAAGGGACGGCCCAGGAAAGACAAGAUGGCUGCUCCCAUCGCCCAGCCCUUCACUCAGAUGACUCCACCUGCUGAGCGUGAGCCCAGCAGAGUUGCACCUCCUCCUCCGCCUCCUGUCAGCGUUCUAAAGCUGCCAACACCAAGUAUAAAGAAAUCCUUCAGUCUGCAGGUGAGCAUGGAGCCAUCAGUGAUCCUGGAGGUGGAGAACGAGGUUUCCCUGGUCGCCGGGUCAAAGCUCAGCCAGCUGCGAUGCUCCAGAGAUGGGCGGGACUGGAACACGCUGCUGCCCAGCUCGGUGGUCUCUGCUGCAGGAAGCAGUGACGUCCUCGCCGUUGUCAGUCAGGACAGGAUUUUGUCGGUGUUCUCUUCCUGUGGGCGGCGGCUUCUCCCGGCCAUCCAGCUGGCCACGCCCGUGUCCGCUCUGCACUGCUCCGCCCACUUUGUCAUGGUUCUGACUGCAGGAGCGGUCCUGUCCGUCUGGGAUGUUCUGAAGCAGAAGGCUCUGGUGAAGAACGAAUCCCUGCUGACUAUUUUAUCAGGUGCUGACACCACGGUGUCCCAGUCUCUGCUGACUCAGCAGGGAGUCCCCGUCAUUGGACUGUCCAAUGGGAAGUCGUACUGCUUCAGCUCAACACUGGAGACAUGGACACUGAUAGCAGAUAAAGGAGAUUCUCUGGUCCAGUGUGCUGACUUCAGGAGCUGCCUUCCUAUCCAUGAUGCACCUGUAUCCUCAGGGCCUCUGGCUAUCAUGCAGGGUCGCAACCUCAAUGCUGGUCGGAUGGCGUCCCGCCUCUCCUCCACACCUCACCACCUUCAGCAGAGCAUGACACUCGCCUUCCUAGAGAACCAGCUGGCGUCCGCCCUCACGUUACAGUCUGCUCAGGAGUAUCGCUACUGGCUGCUCAUCUACGCCCGGUUCCUGGUCAAUGAAGGCUCAGAAUUUCGUCUCAGAGAACUCUGUCAGGAGCUGCUUGGUCCCGUCCAUAAAUCAGCGACCACAUCCUGGGAGCCGACCACUCUGGGUCUACGUAAGCGUGAGCUGCUGCGUGAGGUUUUACCCGUCAUCGGAGAGAACCUGCGCUUCCAGAGACUUUUCACAGAGUACCAGGACCAGCUGGAGCUGCUGCGCAACAAAUAACACACACUACUCCACAGACGCAGACGGACACAGACACUCGGGUAAACUCUCCUGAACUCUGGAGUAGGAGAGCUGAAAUCACGUCCUGGUGUUUAGUGGGAACUUCAAUCAGAGCCGCUCUUCAGCUUUAAGCUCUUGGGCUGACUCGUGCUGCCGCUCAGCGGGUAGAAAUGGGUGCUUAUUUUUUAUUUCACUACAGUUUCAUGUUAAACUCUCAUCUUUUGUCCUUUUUUUCCUUCUCAUUGUGUUCCUCUGACCUAUGCACCUCUCUGCUGCUCCUAACAGUGGAUUCAGAGGAAAAAGAGACAAUUCCUGUCCAGCUGUGAAAAGAAUGAGGAGAUGCAGAGCAGAGUGGAGACGGUCAAGAAAGAGACAAAUCAGAAUGGAUGUAAAGGAGCAAUAUGCUUGUACCAAAGUGAUGCCUUUGAGUGUAGAAGGACCCAGAACACGUGAGAGGAUGAGCGAUCAGGCCCGUGUUUGAGGAUAUUUCUACCUGAAUCUGCCUCGAGGGGUAAUCGGUCAGCUAAACGUCAAAAAGCUUCAGCCAAAAUGUCAAAUCACUGAAACAUUCAGACGUUUGGAUCGAGGUUUCAUUUAAACGAUGAAAUGCAGAAAGGACUUCUGGGAAAUGGAGUCAGAAGGGACGCAGGAAAUUCAAAUGAUUAUGAAAGAUUAUGUAGCCGCUCGUGAAGGAAGCAGAGGGGCAACUGACAAAUCCUGUGAUCCAUUCUUCAAGAUUGUUCUCCGCUGUCUUUGUUUAUUUCUAGUCAAAAAUAUCUCACUACACCGAAAAGUCAAGAAGAACAUCUGAUUUCAGGAUGGAACAAGAUCUAACACCUGGCUGCUAAUUCCCAAUGAUUGGACAGAGACGUUGGAGAGGAUGGGCCGUGGUGUUUCCAUUGGUUUAGAUAUUACAAUUAAGGACUGACCAGGAGACCUAACGACCUUCACCUUUGACCUCUGACCUCCUAAAUCUAAUCCUAUUAUCUUUGAGUGAGAGUUAAAAAAGCUUGAAGAAAACCCUCCAAAGCAUUUUUAGAUAUCACAAUCAGGGAAGGGCAACUUUGCAGUUUGAUGAGAAUCCAUCAGAGAUGUCUCCAUUAUAGAGAAGCUGUGAUGAGCAUAGGGCUGGGCAAUUAUGGCAAAAAUCAAAACCAUGAUUCAUUGAACUUUUCACCUCAAGUACAAUUAAUGAACAUUUAUUCUACCCCAACCUCCAAUUGUGUUUGUUCUGUAAAUAUUUAUAUAAUUUUAAAACAAACAACUGAAAGGAACAGGCACAGAUUAACAAUUAAUGGUUAUUUACUGAAACAUUUGAAAUCAAAACACACAACUGAAAUGAAAAUAUUUCUUGUAAAAAGCCAAAUUUUUCCAAGAAAAGGGGAAAUAAUUGACACAGCAGGUUUACGUAGGUUGAAGGUUGUAAAUGUCGGUUUUGAUUAUUUUUCGAUUAAUUACCCAGCUCUAGAUAAGCAUAUUUAAUUUUUAAGCAGAAAAAUAACAAAGCUACUAGAAACAAGUUAAAUGUAUGGAUGCAGCAGUAAAAUGUUCAUGUGUGAUGGAGGCACAGGAUGUGGAGGGGUUCAUCACAGUAACCCAUGAGGCCAGUAAUGUCGGACUUCACGGCUGAGCCAUGAUGUGCACAAAUGUCAGGAUGCAGAGGCAUGAACAUGAACAUGUGUGAACAGUGGGGAAAAGUGGUGAAAAUGGGCUAAAAGUGCCAAAAGCUGGCGGAAAAAUUGUCGCUCAUAAUGACAGUCGAGAAUCGUUCUGUUUAACUCUCCUCUGACACAGUGUUAAUUUUGUCGACUAAAACUAUGACUAAAAAUGUUCAGUAGCCUAUUUUUCCAUGACAAACACUAGACUAAGACUUAAAAAAAUAGAUUUCUGAUGACUAAAAC